AUGCAUUCCAUAUACUCGAGAGCGAAUUCGUUAUUUGCGUUUAUGUUAUGGGUGCUUGCGGCGGUGACGUUUGCGUGUUUUGCUACGACCGCCUUUGUGGACUACUCAGCUAAUGUGGAAAUCAUUGUCAAUAACCCAAGAGUGCGAUCAAUAGCCGAUUACUCGUCGUCAUCGGAGAAGUCCGACUUGGGUAUGCUGGAUUUUUCAAUUUCUGGUGAUUUUUCGAAAACGUUCAACUGGAAUGUGAAACAGUUAUUCGUUUAUCUUGUUGCCGAAUAUGAAACGCCUGAAAAUCCGAUGAACCAAGUUGUACUAUGGGAUAAGAUUGUUCUACGAAGCGAACGCGUCGUCUUGGAUGAGCGCCGCCUUCAGAGCAAGUACUACUUCCUUGACGAUGGCACCCAUCUAUUGAAUCAUCCGAACGUCACAUUAGUCUUACGAUACAAUGUGGUACCAAAUGCAGGUUAUCUGAGGUUGGGACAAGCGGAAGGCCAAGCGAUUGUGAAGUUCCCGGCCACAUACACGACCAAAAAGCAUUAA